AAUGUAGCUUACAGUGGUAUUAUAAAAGUACAUAUUAUACAGUUUCCUGUACACAAUAUGGAUGUCCUUGAUUGAUAUUCAUACACAGGAAGAAGAACUGUACACCGCCAUUUUUAGGUAUAAAAUCGCAUAAAAUAUUAGCACAACUUAAAACAGAUUGACAAAGAUCAUGGCUGAAAGUGAGGACCAGUCUCCACAAGUAGAAGAGGUUGAUGAUGAUGAAUCUAAACUAGCUUACAAGCCUCCUGCUGAGAAGACCAUUGAGGAAAUACUAGAGCAGGAUAAAGAUGAUGAAAGUCUUAUAAAGUACAAGCAGACACUACUUGGUGGAACAGCUAAAGAAAAUGUUUUCUGUAAGUUUAUGUCUUCGCCUUUGACUAGACAUAAUUAUAUGUUCACAUAUGUAAGUCAAUUUAAAAAACAUGAACUUUUUGUGAAGGAAGGGGUGAAAUACAAGCUGAAGAUCACAUUUAACGUUCAGAGACAAAUUGUUUCCGGCCUCAGACUUGUCAAUAAAGUUAGUAGAGGACCAGCAAGCUCAAAAGAAACAUACAUGGUUGGCAGUUAUGCUCCUAGGAAAGAAGCUUACGAGUAUGUAUCAGCAGAAGAGGAAUUUCCCAAAGGAAUGCUCGGUCGUGGUGACUACAAAGUGAAAUCUGCAUUCACUGAUGAUGAUAAAAAGUCAAUACUAGAUUGGGAAUGGAGUUUUCAGAUAAAGAAAGACUGGAAAUCCUAAUGCUGGAAUUGUUUUAUUUUAUUUUUUUGAAUGAAUGAGUAAUUGGUUAUAGUAGGCACUAGUGAGCAAUAACUCCGAACUGCUGAUCACUGAUUUUUAAAAAAAAAAGUCACAACUAAUUGUAGCUCUUUCUCUGGUCUAAGAAUUAUACAUACAUUGUUCAUUCUUUAGUUAGCCAAAAAGUGAUUUAUAACUGUUAUGUUAACUCCUUUCAGUGUUUUGUAUUACUAGUCUUUGUUAAGUUCUAUAUGUAAAAGCAUAAUAUAUAAGUUACUAUAAAAAAAUUAAACCAUGUCAAAAUUGUGACUUUCUCUCUUUUUACAGAAUUUGUAAAGAUUGAAUGACAAGCUAAUGCCAAUGUUUGAAUGUUAAAUAUGUAAUUUAGAUAGAAGAUGUUUUGCAACAGGGAUUAAGGUAUUCGCAAAACUAUCCGUUUAUUCUCGUAUUAGAAAUCUUUUAAUAAUUAUAAUUCCAGCAUUCCAUCAAC